CAACCAUUCAAUAUAAUAAAACGUGUUCCCUUUUCUUUAUCUGUUCACAAAAGAGCAAAUCGGAGUUAUUUUUUUUUUAAAUUUUCACUAAAUUAAGAAUAGUAGCUUUGUCGACAAAAUUUUUUGAAGUUAAAAAAUGGCUGAAUGCGAUUGGGACGAAGUUACUGUGAUACGCAAGAAGGCCCCCAAGUCAAACCAGCAGCUGAAAACGCAACAAGCAAUUAACGCUGCUCAAAGACAGGGACUAGAAAUAGAAACCUCUAAAAAAUUCAAUGCUGGUCACAACAAGCAGCAUGUCGGGGACAAGAACACUGCAAAACUGGACAGGGAGACAGAAGAAUUGCACCACGAGACAGUUGGAUUGGACGUUGGCAGACUCAUUCAACAAGGGAGACAGGCUAAAAAUUUAACUCAAAAAGACCUAGCUACUAAGAUCAAUGAAAAGCCUCAAAUAGUUAAUGAGUACGAAAAUGGCAAGGCUAUCCCAAACCAGGUCAUCCUAGGCAAGAUGGAAAGAAUCCUCGAUAUCAAACUUAGAGGCAAAGAGAAAGGCCAGUCAUUGCAUGCAAAAGGAAAAUGACAUCCAAUUCGUGUCAAAUAUUUUUUUCUCACGUUGUUAUAACUAAUUAUUUUGCUCAUAAUAAUAAACAUUGUUUCUGGCAAACUAUGGUUCACAAGUUUUUGUUUGAUGCUGAUACAUAUUGAUUUGCUCCGCUAACAUUUUCAAUCCUAUCAUCCUUAUUUUUUACUAAAUUAACAAUAAAAAUCGUAAAAUGUUUUAUAUUUAAGAGAUAAACAUGGCGAGAUUUCAUUGAUCUUAUAUUUGUCAUGAAGAAAAAUUGCAUAACAAA